AAAAAUACAACUCGCAUCAAUCGCUUCAGUGACAAACUUUCCAACGCCAUCCGACAGUGCUCGAUCGGAGAGGAAUAUUCCAACUCGUGAAUUAAAACAAUCCACACUCAACGCAAUUACACAGCGCGGGUUUUACCGAACGACAUCCGGUAACCGGAAGUUGUAGUGAGCGUGAGUGUGCGAGGUCAAAGUACGAAAAUUAGCAAAGAAGUAUCGCGUGUGCCAAAUCCGUUCGAAUCCGCAAGCGACAGCAAAACAGCAACAGUGCACGAUGGCAGAAAAUAAAGGAAUGCUGCUGGCGAAAUCCGUCCAGAAACAUGCUGGCCGCGCCAAGGAAAAGCUCCUACAAAAUCUUGGCAAAGUCGACCGAACGGCAGAUGAAAUUUUCGACGAACAUUUGACAAACUUCAACCGACAGCACACCUGUGCAACCAGGCUGCAGAAAGAAUUCAGCAACUACAUCCGAUGUGUUCGUGCCGUACAAAAUGCCUCGAAAAGCCUCAUGGAAGCCAUUACCGAAGUAUACGAAAGCCAGUGGACCGGCUCGGAAGUGCUGUACGGCCAGGCUAAAACGAUCGACACACAGUACCAGCAGUUUUCGUACAAGCUGGCCGAUCAGGUACUGAAGCAGCUGGACACCUACGCGCUACAGUUUCCGGAAAUGAAGAAAAAGAUUGACAAACGUGGCCGCAAGCUGGUGGACUACGAUAGCCAGAGGCAUUCUUUCCAGAGCCUGCAAGCGAACGCUGCCAAGCGCAAGGACGAUCUGAAGGUUACGCGAGGCCGUGAACAGCUGGAGGAAGCGAAGAGCACAUACGAGGUGUUGAAUUCCGAGCUGCACGACGAACUGCCGGCCCUGUACGAUUCGAGAAUACUGUUCCUGGUGACGAACUUGCAGACGCUGUUCGCGUGCGAGCAGCAGUUCCACAGCGAAACGUCCAAGGUGUACGCGGAGCUGGAAGCGAUCGUAGACAAACUGGCCACCGAAUCCCAGCGCGGCUCCUACACGCUGAAGAAGAUCAACGCUAACUCGAACCCAUCUAGCCCCCAGCAGUCACCGGUGAAGGCGAAUCUGUCGAUUGUGAAUAAUGUCACUAACGGGUCGGCCAACGCUAACGGACAUACUUCCGCGCAAAGUGUGCUACCGUCGCCGAGAACACCGUCACCCAACCAUCAGCUCGACCGGCAGGCGGAUGGGCCAGAAGAUGAAGACGACGAACCUUCCUACCAGAACACGGAAAUGGUAAAGGCGGCGGCGGCGGCGUCGGCGUCGGCGUCGGCUGCGACCAAAGCACCGACCACGAACGGUACCACCGCCCCGGACAGCACGGCGAAGCACGGCGAGCUGGAAUUGAACGGCAACGGCAGCGCACCGAAGGAGAACGGUCAACCCGCAGCGACAGCGGUGACGGAAAGUGUUCCGGCCACCACAAACGGUACGCUUCAUCACCCGCCGUCUGCAUCCACUAAUCAGCUUCCCCAACCCGACCACCACCACCAAACGCAUCCGCCGACUGCGAACGGGCUGGCCAGUAAUGCUCGGGGGGCGCAAGAGAAUGGGGUACAUGAAACGACAGUGACGGGCGCUAGUGCAAACGCAGCUCCGACAACGGAUGUGCCCGCUGCAACUGUUGCCACAACGGCGGAUGCUGCUGCUGCGGCUGCUGCUAGCGCUAAUACAGAUGCUGCCGUUCCAACGCCCACUACUACCGGUGCAGCAGCUGUUUUGCAAACAAACGAUACGGUAUCCUUGCCACAUUUUCACCAUCCCCACCACUCGCACCACCAUCCCCAUCAUUUGCGAUCCCACCAGAACCUGCCACCGGUCUACCAGUACCGGAACGCUCUCGCCCAAUUGGCUGCCGCGGGCACGGCAACACUAACCGCCUCUUCAUUGCGCCCUCAUCAUCCUCCAUCCACCGUAACCCUAACCGAUCAUCCACGCCACGUGUACCGUUCUACCGUUCUACCAUCGCAAGCUGCUGGAUCGGUGCGAAUGGACAAGGUAACGCAGACGCCACCACUGCUUCCAGCACAACCGAACGCCGGCAUGGCGGCAACGCUGGCGACACCCAAGACUACUUCCAUAGCAACACAAAUGUCCACCACUAUGCUGCCAAGGCCUGAGGCUACUGAGACAGCGCGAAGCUUUUCACCUGGGUACAACGUUAGCGGCAGCGGUAUGCUGUAUGGCAAUGUGCCCACCCUAACACAGCAGCCUAACUAUUCGCCCUUUCCGUAUACCACCGCAAACCGUAAUCUCAACAGCUACAAUAACAAUACUAACACACGAUCGUCACCAUUGAUCGCACCACAACAACAACAACAACAGCAACAGCCACACUUAACAACAACACGUGUCAGUUUGAGCAAUAAUAAUUCAAUGUCGGAAAUUAUUUACAAUAUUCCGGUCGGUGCAGCGACAACGGACUUGCCACCGGGUGUUUUGUAUCGCGUGAAAGCUACGUACAAGUACGUCCGAGAAGACGUCGACGAGCUGAGCUUCGAGGUGGGUGAUGUCAUCAACGUGGUUGAGUACGAGGAUCCCGAAGAUCAGGAGGAAGGAUGGCUGAUGGGCAACAAGGAAGGCACAAACGAGAAGGGCAUGUUCCCGGCUAACUUCACCCGGCCACUGUAAAUUCGCCAUUAGUCGGUUCGGUUUUACAUAAGGAUACCGAGACGUUUUAACACCGGAGAAUCCCAUGAAUCGCAAACCAUUUUUUUUGUUGUUUUUUGGUCGUCUAAGCUGCAAUGAGUGAAAGGAGAUUCAGCAGCAGCAUCUUCCCAAGCCAUCUUCCGAAUAGAACAUCAUAAGCAUGUAGAGUGACCGAUAAUUGUAUCCACACACACACACACAUACACAAAACGUGUUUGUUGCCACCAUCCAUAACGCAGCGGUUAGGCAUUUGAAUAUUAGCUGUCACACAUAUCCCCCCCCCCCCCCAAACACACACAGAAAUCGAUAUAGUGUAGCAAAACGUACACCGGGUACACCGUUAUUAAAAAAAAAGAUUCGAAAUGGAAUUGCAUCAGUGGCGCUCACCCUCCACCCUCAAAUCACCACCAUCCCGACAGUCAGUUAGUAGUUAGUUAGUCAUCCGUUUACUGGCGGGAGCGAGUGAGUCACAGGUGGUAGAGAGCGAGCGUUGUGUUGUGUUGCGUUGCGUUGAAAUCAGAUGGUUUCAGUUUUCGGUUUUUAAUUCCCUCACGUUUCACCUCGUAGUAGCCGUCCUGUGUAUUUUUGUUGCGUAUUAUUUUAUUAGUAAUCACGGCGCGCGCAACAUUGCAGCGCAGGUGUGAUGUUUGCGCGCCACCCGUGAUGGAUGGUACCGGGUUUUGGUAGUGAAGCGAAGCAAUGGCGCAAUCUAAUAAUUGUAGUCUUCCCUGUCUUCCCGGUUCCGGUGAAAAAUAAGGCAAAUGUUGCAUAUUAGUAAUAUAUUAACCCCUUUCUUUGUUUAUGCACACCCCUAUGCGCCGCGGCAAUUGUAUGUGUUGCUACGGCUACUGCUGCCCUACACGAAAUCGUUAAUACCGUACGCGCAAGUCAUCGUCUAACUAUCUAUGAGCAUAAUGUCGUCGUUGCGUAACAAUGGAAAACUAAUGAAUAACGUGUGCCUUUUUAUUAAAGAAAAAGAAGAAGAAGAAAGGAAGCGAGAGAAAAACAGAAGAGAGCAAGCAGAAGAAACUAAGCAAAAGCAAUGAUUCGAAAACAAGAGAAAACAAAACAAAAUCGGCAACUAACGAAAUCUUUUUUCUUUCUUUCUUUUUCUGUCUUAAGUUAAGCUGUUAUCAUCUCGUUAUUUUAUGUUAUUUGAAAGGCAAUUGUUCUCGUUGUUUCUUCCCCAUACACAAUCCUUCCCUAACAGAGCUAUUUUUAGUUUGCCCUAACUUUUUUUUCCUUUUGUCUGUAAAAAAAAAACAAUUCAUGAGAAUCAAAUAUAACUUACUACGAAUACAAUCGACAAACAAACAAAAAUACUGCUGUUUUUUUUGCAAGGAUGUAAACCAUUUUCGUUUUGUGUAUUUAAACAAAAAAGAAACAGAUAGAGCGAGAGCGAGAGAGAGAGAGUGAGCGUGCGAACAGGAGGAGGCGGUAGAAGGUAGAAAGGUAGCAAGCAUUUCUUCCCGAUGAAACACAACCGGCAGUUUUAGGUGUAAGCGAUGAAAUCCCCAAAUCGAAAGAAAUAAAUAAAUCAUUUUGUUUGUGAA